UUUCGCGUACUCGAGAGAGCCGCGGUCGUUUCGUUGAACCGCAGGAAAACGGCGAGCACUCGUGCGGCGUCCGCGAUCGCGGCAACACGCGAACAUCCGCGCCCGCGAUCCGAUAUCCUCGAUCCUGACCCGCGCCACGCUCGAUCGUCGCGUCCGCUGGAUCCCCGAGGGAUCGAACGGAUCAAUUUGAUCACACCUGUGCGUCGCUCGUUCCGAAACAUCUCUUCUUCGACCUUCUCCUUCGGAGAACAGGUGAAAGUGAUUCUAAUUCCGCGCAUCAACAGCUCAAUUUCCCGCUCGGCAAGUCAUUCCGAGGGCCACUCAGCGGCGCGCGAACAAACCAAUAGUUUCAUUCCAGCCGAUCUACGGCGACGGUCGCGUUUCCGCUCGAUCGCGGUCGAGCGACGUCGACGUCGCAUCGUCGCGAGGGGGUGGCAACCGCGUUUCCGUUUCCCGUUAUUCCGCGAAUUACCGCAGGUCCGGGAUUAAUUAAUGCGGGGAAUCGGCGUGACAGCAAUUAACGCGACAGCUGGAACCGGCUAGAUCGAUCGGAGAAAAGGGGGGUCGCCCGAUCGACGCCCGUUUCCCGACAAUUACUAAAAAAGAACAAGAGGGAGGGAGCGUCGGAAGGACGCUGGGAAGCAAAGAAACUCGAGAAACAAGGGUGUCCAAAGGUCUCCAGAAGCUGCAGCGUCGAAGAGCUCUCGAAGAACAGAAUUGAACGUGGCACCGCAAACUCCUCCGGGAAAGUUAACGUCGCUGACACCGAGAAGAAAGGGCCUGGAAGAUGCCAGAAGCUGGCGGUGAUGGAUAAACCCUCGGACGGAAGAAAAACGAGUGACGAUUGAUAAGAAAAAGAGGAUCCAGGGGUCGGCGGUUAGAGGAUAGACCGAGUUUUUGGUGGAGAUGUCCGAUGUUGCCAGGGGAGAAGUGGUCUAAUUCGUAACCUCUGGCGGUGCAGAGGGUGAGAAAGCGAAUCGUCAUCGAUCGGGAAGGGGCGGACGAGGAGGGGAAAGGUAAACAUUGCUCGAGGAGGGCGAAAGACGACCGAGGGAGGAGAACGAGACAAAGAAGAGGCGAGAGGGCGAGCACGGAGAAAAAGCGGCAGCCUUCGGAUAGAGAUCUAAUAACGAGCGGCGGGGGCGGAGGAUAUGAAGAGACAGAAACAAGAUUAAGUGGCCGGAACGCGAGACGGGGCGAGCGAGGACGCGGACGGCGCACAGUGGGCAAGAUCGCAGCUUUACCGGUCGAAAGAACAUCGAUAUCUUCCCACUGUGCGGCGGUCGGUUGGAUGAGAGAGGCUCGGCUCCGAUGAAUAACCGCGCCGCGCGGACGUGGAAGCAUGAGAUUUCCGAGUGGCUGUCUGUACCCGGCACGACAAAAGUACUCGGCUGCGCGUCACAUCGGCCACCCGCUCUACCGUCACGUAUACGGAUCCAUUGAGGGGCGAAAAUGGGCGCCAUCCAGUCGACGCGAAACCUGCCCACCCCCGGCGAAGAAGUGAACUUUGAUCACUUUCAAAUACUGCGCGCCAUCGGGAAAGGAAGCUUCGGCAAGGUGUGCAUAGUGCAGAAACGGGAUCGCACCGGGAACAUGUACGCGAUGAAGUACGUCCAUAAGGGCGAGUGCGCGGAGAGGGGCGCGCUAAAGAACGUGGCGAGGGAGGUGGAGAUACUUUCUCAGCUGGAACACCCUUGUUUGGUCAAUCUGUGGUUCAGCUUUCAGGACGAGGAGGAUCUGUUCAUGGUGUCCGACCUGCUCCUCGGCGGUGACCUGCGCUACCACAUACAGCAAGAAGUCGUGUUCAAGGAGGAGAGCGUGGUGCUGUUCGUCGCGGAAAUCGCGUUGGCUCUCGAUUACCUGCAGAGCCACAAAAUCGUUCACCGAGACAUCAAGCCCGACAACAUCCUCCUCGACGAGGAAGGACACGCGCACGUAACGGACUUCAAUAUCGCGACGGUGCUGGAGUACGGUGAACUGGCGACGUCGAUGUCAGGAACAAAACCGUACAUAGCGCCGGAAAUUUACAUGUGUUCUUGCGAGGAGUUCGGUGUUCUCGGGUACGGUUUCGCCGUGGAUUGGUGGAGCCUGGGUAUUCUUGCCUGGGAGACUCUUGCCGGGGAUCGGCCUUAUCCUCUUCACUCCACUACUUCUCACAGAGAAGCUCUACGAAUCCUGCAGGAGGAUAGGCCGACGCCGGCCGGAUGGAGCUCGCAGAUACGCGACCUCCUCGACCGAUUAUUAACCGUGGCGCCCGGGGCGCGAGUGUCGACGUUGAAAGAGCUGAAGCAAGUGAGCAUAAUGAGAGACCUCGACUUCGACAAAGUAUUGAACAAGCAAAUCAAGCCGGCGUUCACGCCGCCGAAGGAUCAUCUCAAUUGCGACCCGACGUUCGAGCUCGAGGAGAUGAUCAUCGAGACGAAGCCUUUGCACAAGAAGAAGAAGCGUCUGGCGAAGCAGAGAUCCCUGAAAGUCGAGCAUCCCCCGGAGGACGGGCUCGGACUGGCCGAAGGCGCCGGGCCGAGCGUGGAUCUCAGGAGAUUAGCAUUCAUCCCGGAAUACCGCGUGUACAACCGGGAACGCGAGAUGGAGAGGCAGGAAAGGGAGAGGAAGGAGAAACAGUGGGAAGAGGAACUGAACACUGCCAUGUUGGGUGCCGAACAGAGACUGAAAACGAAGCAGCAGCCGCCGCAGCGGACCGGAAACCGGCUGACCGUCUCGACGGCGAACGUCAAGACACGGAUAAGCUCGUCGCCGAGGCAAGGUAGGCGCGCGAGCACCGCCACGUCCUCCGACAUCGACUACAUCGACGCCAGCCCAGAGCCCUCGACGUCGUAAAUUUCCAGUGGUACGCCGGACGUCUCUCGACGUCCUCUCCUCGCGUAGAAUGCAUUGUCCUCGGAAUUUCAGGCUGUUCCAGCACUCGCGCGCCGGAAUAGGGCUGCUGGCGCCGGCUCGUACGCCACUGGUCCCCCCACUCUUGUAUGCCCCCUACUAUGUGACUCGCAGAGUUACCGAAACAGUGGCAUUGUCCGCGAAAGCCCUACUUCAGAGGUUCUCAAACUGACUUGGUCUACGCUCCAUUCUCGAAGCUGCCGCUUUGAUGGCUCAUCUUCGACGUAACAGAAUUUUCAUUUGUUUGUCACGGUUAUGUUUGGACUUUUUCUAGCUAAUCUAGUCGGCGUACUCGUUUCGGAAAUACUUUUGGAGAAAAAUAGAUGGAAAUCGUUAGGCAGCAGAGUCAGGCAAAUGAAGAAAAGGAUUACUAGCGAAAACUGUUACCAUUGUUUAUGGUAUUACCCAUUUUGCUAUCAUAUCGACGAAUACUUCGGCUCCGUGAUCGUUACGGGCCAAUGUGAUACUUGUACUUUGAAAAGGCGUAGUCUAUUCGUCAAGGAUCUUCUGUUCUUUCGCGUCUUUCGCACUGUCAUUCGUUCGUUUAUUAUUGUAUAAGUGGAAGCGUUACGUCAACGAGGAUUUUCAUUUGGUAUCCCUGCGAACUCGUGUAAUCUGCAUUUUAUUCUAGGAUUCCCUCUCAGUAGGAAGUUACCUCUUACCCCGACGAAGAAACGACGUUGAUUGAUCCAGUAACAACGAAACGAGCGAGGGUUAGAUUGACCACGAGCAGACUGCGCUUUCGAAUAUCCCUAAACGCUCUUAAAGUAUCAGUGAAACAUUCGAUGGAUUCAUUUAAUUCGAACCGAGACGGAAACGGGAUGAAUCCUCUGUGAACCCUUUGCCCUCGAAAAUCUUUUCAGAAAUAUUUAUCGUUUCCCAAAGAAACAUCGAUGAUGUACAACCGAUGCACACGGGAACGUAAAUUACAGAACACUAGAUUAGUCCGUUACACAAAGUUGGGCGUCGAACAUCAAAUUUACGAGCUCGUACGCGACGAAACAAAUGGCGACGGAGAGUCGCCUCUCCAGCGCGAGGAGCUAAUGCAAUUAAUCACGCAGUCUAACCCCGAGAUCCAGCCCGCGCACUCAUUGUCAAAUAACGUAAUAAAACUAUCGAGAACAGUUGUUGCAUUAUAUUAAGGUCAAGUGUAUCGCAAGGACAGUCAUGUUCCCCUCGUCCCUCGCGACGUUGCAGUUGAAAUUGCGACGAGACCCGCGCUGAAAUAGACGACAAACUGUAUCGCUAUCUUACCUCCUCACCCGUAUACGUGUACAUCUCGACGAAAAGUCUAUUGUUUAUUUUUAUAUAAGGAACGAACGAAAAAAAAAGAAAGAAACAAACGGAAGAAAAGAAACGAGAAGGAAAGAGAGCAAACCCGACCAAAUAGAGAGCCCUUUUUAGAGAGCACUUUAUCAGAUACGAGAAGCUAGAAGGGGUCGAAGCAGCGGUUUCCCGUCCAGUCUCGUUUCUCUCCUGGAAAAAUCCCGGGAACCGCACGGCCCGUACGAAAAAGCAAACUCCGAACUUUCCGCGCCGUUCGCUCAUAGCUGGACCGCGGAUUUGAUGCGCAUUCGUUGGAAACCCUGGCGUCGGAGCCGCGGCAAGCCGAGGUUGCAAGGGGUGACUUAAUGACGAAUAUUCAUUUGAAUUAUAUUAAUACUAAUUUGAAUUAUGCAGCGCAGUAUCAUCGUUAAUAGUGUGGAGAGUGGGACUGCGUAUUGCCUUGCAGCGCAAUGUUAUUGAAAUAUCGCAAUGUUUCUCAACUACUUAACACUAGAACUGUCGCGCAUUUAAUACGGUUAAUAUGCAAUCCAUAUAAUAAUUGUAACAAUAGAUUACUUUCAGUUUCUUCAGACAUUCAUUAUAGAUGAAAAAACUAUUUUCAAGAUCAUUUGAAAUAUUGAAUGCUUUUAAGAUAUCAAUAAUCGCGAGAGAAACCGAAACCGGUCGUCUCGACUGGCCCGGUAGUUCUAGUGUUAAGAGGAAGCCAAUAAAACUUUGCACCCGGCUGCAAAUACCUUUGGCACGCCCCUGCCUGGCAUAAUGGAUCAAACCUUUGACGAAGUUUCGGGGCGCUCGCUUUAUCCCGACCACGAUGCGAAACCCUUAUGGGAUUCCCCUCGACACGUGGUCUCUCGAAUAACACCGUGAAUCCGCGUGAACAUCGACGGUCCAGCGGUGAGUGGACCUGCGAAUAUUUAUGCAACUGUAACGCACCCGAUUAUUUAAGAAUUCAGUACAAUAAAAAGUUUAAUAAACUCUACGGUUUUCAUAUGUCUUCUUUCUUUUUUCCGGAGUUGGAUGGAACUUUUCUGGACACUUCUUUUCUACGGUAUUUGUUUAACACUGGAACUAGAACAAAUCUAAAGCAACCCAAGUGAUUUUUUUGUAAUUUUUCUGUAGGAACUCGAAGAUUGCAUUUAUCUAGAUUUCGAUUGGCUUCCUUUAUCGUUCGUUACCAUGUAUUCCUUUUUUUCCUUUGUUCUUUAAUUAAAGCAGUAACGAA